CUAAUCGUCCUAAUGGGCGCGUUGAUGACGUACGGGCCCGAGGCGGACGCUAAUUUGCUAAAAAAUCACGGACAGACAGACGACCACGACCGGAAGCACGUCAAGAAACCGGAUACGGACCCGUUACGAGUUUAUCCGACUCGUAUAUGCACUGUGGCAUACCAGAACCCUGUGGAUGCGCUACGGAUCGAGUAUCGUAAGAGUUACCAGAUAGAAUUCCGAUAAACAGUGAACAGAAGAGGUGGUCAGUUACCCAACGUCCUCCUUUGCAACGAGAAUCGACGGUUAAGCGAAUUCGACGUGCGUUAACGAAGGGGAAAAAGCUGGAUACCAUUUCAAUAGGUGACGAGGCUACGCGGAGAGGAAAAAUCACCCCCUGGGUGCCAGAGAGUGCCGUGGUAAUUUCGCGGCCAGCGUUGCCCGCGAAGAAAAGCUUUCUCACGAGGGUAAAGGGAAAGCGGAGGAAAGGAUGACGACGAGCAACAGCCUAUGGAACGCUAUCGUGCUCCUCUUUAUCGAGGGCUUUCUCCUAUGCGGUUUUUUGGCUACGUUCGAUUACGCCCCCGAGGCGGACGCCGGUAACAGGCAGAACAGCUACUCGCCUCAUCUAAAUGGAAAACCGAGCUCUUUGCCGGUCACGUACACACUGUAUCAAGAUGUCCACGUGAUGAUCUGGAUCGGAUUCGGCUUCCUGAUGACGUUUCUAAGAAGGUACGGACAAAGCGCGAUAGGACUGACGUUCCUACUCGGCGCUAUUUUCAUCCAGGUUGCCAUGAUCUGCGAGGGAGUGACGAAUUUCCAGAUAGACAACGCGUCCUCCUUGUCGUUAAAAAGCCUGCUGAACGCGGACGUUGCGGUAGCCACGCCGUUGAUAUCCAUGGGUGCUUUGCUGGGUAAGACGACCUACAUACAGCUCGUGUUCAUGGGCAUUCUCGAGCUGAUCAUGUUCACCGUGAACAAGUACGUGGGAGAGCAUCUGCUCAUGGCCGUCGAUGCAGGCGAUAGCAUGUUUGUCCAUGCGUUCGGAGCAUAUUUUGGACUUGCCGUCAGUUUCGUAUUUGGAAUGAAGGACAAGCCUAAGGAACAUAAUCUCGAGGGAGCAUCCUACAACUCUGACAUUUUCGCGAUGAUUGGUACCGUGUUCCUGUGGUUGUUCUGGCCAUCGUUCAACAGCGCCGCUCUGGAAGGAGACGAUCAGCAAAGGGCCAUUAUAAACACUCUUCUGUCCAUCUCGUCCAGCUGUGUGAUCGCGUUCGCGACCUCCGCCCUGGUCUCCAAGGAUAGCAAAUUCAACAUGGUGCACGUGCAAAAUUCGACGUUGGCCGGCGGUGUAGCCAUCGGCACCGCAGCAGGCAUGAUGUGCAAACCGGUGGGUGCUUUGGUCGUGGGUGCUCUAGCUGGACUACUCAGCGUCUUAGGAUACAAAUAUCUCACGCCACUGAUCCAAAAACGUCUGAGGAUUCAUGACACGUGCGGUGUGCACAAUCUCCACGGCAUGCCCGGCGUUUUAGGUGGUAUCUUUGGCGCACUGAUGGCAGGCCUCGCCACUGAAGCCUCUUACGAUUAUUCCCUUUACGAGAUCUUCCCCGCGCGAGCACCAAACUCUGAAGCAAAGUUGGCCGAGAUGAGAGACAAUUAUGGCAUAUCAGCUGGUUUUAACAGAACAGCAGGGGAACAGGCUGGCUAUCAAUUAUUAGUACUAGUAAUUACAGUGGGAAUCGCCAUCGUUUCAGGAUUAGUAACAGGUUUAAUGAUGCGGAUGUCGAUCUGCGGUUCGAUUUCCGAGGAGCAAAAGUUCGACGAUGAAGCCCAUUGGGAAUUGGAAGAGGAAGCCUCGCAAGAGUCGAAAAUCAAGGAAGGCAAGAGCUAUGGCGGCGACCAAUUACCGAUGGCCCAUAUCUGAGACGAGUCCUUGUUAUCAACAACAGCAAAAGUAUUACGCUUGCACGUGAAUGCAAAUAAAUGACAAAAAUGGAACCCUGAACUUAGGAAAACUUGUAAAAUUUAUUAAACAAUUUGUUAAACAUCACAUACACGACGCAUUUUCACCGGUGCAACAAUAUUCUUGCAAGAGGAACAGUCAAUUUAUAUGCUACGUAUUCAACAAGUGGCAGGAAAAUGAAAAAUCGAUAUUACAGACAGAGCAUACAAAAUAAAAUAAUUGUUGAAAGAAAA